GCACGAGGGCCGUCUCCAUUUCGCGGCGCAGCGCCGGUGUUGCGCAGCAGUCUGAGCCGUCUGUCGCCCGGGGAGGACGCAUCCGCCAGAUCGCCGUCCGUCUGCCACAGCUCACCGCGAAACCGUCCGGCUCGGCCUGCACCGAGACCCACAGCCCAGCAGCGCCGCGCACACACAGCCAUGAGCGGCUGCCGCGUCUUCAUCGGGAGGCUGAACCCGGCCGCCAGGGAGAAGGAUGUGGAGAGAUUCUUCAAGGGGUACGGCCGCAUCCGGGACAUCGACCUGAAGAGGGGCUUCGGAUUCGUGGAGUUUGAGGAUCCGAGAGAUGCAGAUGAUGCUGUCUAUGAAUUGGAUGGAAAAGAACUUUGCAGUGAGAGGGUGACCAUUGAGCAUGCCAGAGCACGCUCGAGGGGCAGAGGCAGAGGGAGGUACUCUGACCGGUUCAGUAGCCGCCGCCUGCGCAGUGACAGGAGAAAUGCCCCACCCCUAAGAACAGAAAAUCGCCUCAUAGUGGAAAAUCUGUCUUCCCGAGUCAGCUGGCAGGAUCUCAAAGACUUCAUGAGACAAGCCGGGGAAGUAACCUUUGCAGAUGCACACAGACCUAAGUUAAAUGAAGGGGUGGUUGAAUUUGCCUCAUACAGUGAUUUAAAGAAUGCUAUCGAAAAGCUUUCUGGUAAAGAAAUUAAUGGAAGGAAAAUCAAACUAAUUGAAGGCAGCAAAAGGCACAGUAGGUCCAGGAGCAGGUCACGGUCACGCAGCAGGAGCUCCUCCGGCUCUCGCAGCCGCUCCCGUUCCCGCAGCCGCAAGUCCUACAGCAGGUCACGGAGUAGGAGCCACAGCAAGUCACGAUCCGUUAGCAGAUCUCCACUGCCAAAGAGCCAGAAACGUGGUUCUUCCAGUAGAUCCAAAUCUCCAUCAUCCGUAGAUCGGCAGAGGUCUAGGUCAAGGUCCAGAUCUGUUGACAGUGGCAACUGAACUAUAAAUAACUUGCCCUGGGGGCCUUUUUUUAAACCAUACUUGCUAAAACUUAUGGUAAGUAUGUGACUUUCUGGGGAAGGGUUUGGAUGGGGCAGGGGGAGGGAAGGGGGAACUUUGUAGAUGUGGACCAUGGUGGGAAGGGUUAUUGACUAAUUGUAUUAAAUGUUUUUUGAUAACCCUUUUCUUGCUCACAUUUUUGUGAAUGUCUGAAGUGUAUAGUUUGUGUAUAUUGGCAGAGCUCUUUAUAACUAAAGCAGACAAAUUUUUUGUACUCUAAAGUCAUCUGAACACUUAAAUCUUAGUGUAUUCAACUGUGAAUAGCAACUCAAAAACAUCAGUUUAAUAUCUCAGACUAACAGCUGUAGGCAUCUUAAGAGCUCUAUAUGUGCUGUACAUAAAGCUUUAUUUCAGAGGGUAUUUUUUUGUGCUUUUGAGACAUUGUUUCAGCUAUAGGUCAGCGGAUUAAGUGCUGGUCGGUACUGGUAAUAAAACUUUAUUUUAGAAUAUUUUCAUUUGAUAUAACUUGCACUACACUAAGAAAAUGCCCAUUUCACUGCCCUGUGGUAAUAAUAUUCUAUAAAGCACUCUUAUUUCUUGAUACCUAAAAAUGACUAAGUUCAAAUAAAGUAUAAAGAAACA